AAACGCCGUAAGGCUAAUUCUCGAAGACAGUUUGAACGCCCCACUUAAUUAUAAUGUCUCCCAUGAGUUCCUUGUUAUGGGGGAUUUUAUUCCUCGUGUGUCUCGUGAAUUUCGGGAGCGGUGGAAUUUUGGAUUCUGAUAGGGUGACCGAGUUCACGAUUUCGAAACCCCAGAGAGUUCACUAUGGGUCUCUCAGCCUGGAAGCCACCAGAUCGCUCUUCGAAAGUUUUGCUGACCAGUAUGGCAAAUCAUAUGUCAGUCGGGCACAUAAAGAGAAGAGAUUCGAAAUUUUUAGAGAAAAUUUAAAGCAGUAUGACGCGAAGAAUGCUGCAGACAAAGGAUCGGCCGUCUAUGGCAUCGACAAGUUCUCCGAUUGGACUUAUGAAGAAUUCAAGCAAAAAAUGGCGAGGUUAAAUGUGAAAGCGCUGAAGGAAGGUAUGAGUGAAACAUACGACGAUCCAUCACUCGAAAAUGUGAGAGCUCCUAAAAACUUCGACUGGAGAGAGAAAGGAGCUGUGACCCCGAUCAAAGCUCAGGGAUCGUGUGGUUCGUGUUGGGCCUUCUCAACAGUGGCUAACUUAGAAGGACUGUACCAAAUUAAGUACAAAACUUUGGAAACUUUUUCAGAACAACAACUCGUUGACUGUGAUCCUAAGUCGGAUGGGUGCAAGGGAGGUUUUAUGGAGAACGCCGUCAACUAUAUAAAAGAUGCUGGCGGGUUGCAGCUCAACGCGACAUACCCGUACGUGGCCCGCGACCAGACAUGCCGUUUUGACAAGAAUCUGGCCGUUCUCAAAGUGAAGAAAAACGUUAUGCUGCCCCCACGGAAAGAAAAAAAAAUGGCAGCUUAUAUUUUCAAAAAUGGGCCCAUCUCUAUCGCUCUUGAUUCAUUCGGAAUGUGGGGCUACCGUGGUGGGAUUGCACAUCCUUCUGAAAGCGGUUGUAGCAAAGAGCUGAAACUAGCUGACCAUGGAAUUGCAUUCGUCGGCUACGGAGUACAGGUGGAGAAGGUACAAGGAAAAGUCAAACGCACUCCAUUCUGGAUCGGGAAAAAUAGCUGGGGUACGCAUUUGUGCGACAAGGGCUACUUCUACGUAUACAGAGGUGAUAACACGUGUGGAGUGGCCAAUCUCCCGAGCUCAGCUGUCCUCCUGUGAGAAAAGACGGAGGAGGAUCCAAAGAGUCUGAAAAUAGCUGAAGAAAACCACCAUUUAUUUUCUUCCUAGAAGCCUAUUUGUGUUAAUUAGAAAUAAAUCAAUAAAAUAAUUUUGGCAGGAAAA